CGAAAAGAAAUCUAUGAAAAAAAAAAAAAAAAUUUUAAAGCUCAUCUCAAAAAAAUUUUAAAAUUACAACUACUUUCAAGAUCCUUUCAACUUCUUCAACAUCCUUUAUCCACAAUGAGAGUCAAGAAGAAGAAUACAAGAGGUAAUGCUAAGAACUUCAUCACCAGAACCCAAGCUGUGAAAAAACUACAAGUUUCAUUAGCUGAUUUCCGUCGUUUAUGUAUUUUUAAAGGUAUCUUCCCAAGAGAACCAAGAAAUAAAAAGAAGGCAAACAAAGGUUCCACAGCCCCUGUUACAUUUUAUUAUUAUAAAGAUAUUCAAUAUUUAUUACAUGAACCAGUUUUACAAAAAUUUAGAGAUCAUAAAGCUUUUUCUAAAAAAUUAAAUAGAGCUUUAGGUAGAGGUGAAGUUGGUGAUGCUAAAAAAUUGGAAGAGAAUAGACCAAAAUAUAAAUUAGAUAAUGUUAUCAAAGAGAGAUAUCCAACAUUCCCAGAUGCCUUGAGAGAUAUUGAUGAUGCUUUGAACAUGUUGUUUUUAUUUUCAAUCAUGCCAGCAACUGAUAAAAUUUCCACUAGAGUUACUAAAGAUGCUACCACAAUUUGUAAUCAAUGGUUAGCUUACGUUUCAAGAGAACGUGCAUUGCGUAAAGUGUUUGUUUCUAUAAAAGGUGUUUAUUAUGAAGCUGUUGUGAAAGGUGUUGAAAUCAGAUGGUUAGUUCCAUUUAAAUUCCCACAAAAUAUUCCAUCAGAUAUUGAUUUUAGAAUCAUGUUGACAUUUUUAGAAUUUUAUUCAACUUUAUUACAUUUUGUUUUAUACAAAUUAUAUACAGAUGCUGGAUUGAUUUAUCCUCCAAAAUUAGAUGAUAAAAAAAUUAAAGGUGUUGGUGGAUUAAGUGCAUAUAUUUUAGAAUCAAAAUCAACUGGUUCAAUCUUGCCAGAGAUUGAUGAAGAAAGUGGUAAAGAUGUUGAAGGUCAACAAAUUUCCAAUGAAUCAAUCAAAGCUGCAUUAAAAGCUGAUUCAAAAGCUGAUCCUGAACAAGAGGAAGCACAAGAAGAAUCUAAUCAAGAUGUUGAAUUGAUUGAAUUGGAUGAAUUUUUAGAUACAAACAAAAAUUCAGGUGAUUUAUUAAAACAACCAUCAAAAUUUGAAAAUGAAACAUCAAAUUUAUUUAAUAAUUUUGUUUUUUUCAUUAGUCGUGAAGUUCCAUUAGAUAUUUUAGAAUUUAUUAUAUUAUCAUGUGGUGGUUCAAUCAUAAGUGAUUUAUCCUUGGAUGAAUUGAAAAUGAAUGGUGAAGAUAUAAGUAAAUUGCCAUUAGAUAAAAUCACACAUCAAAUUGUGGAUAGACCAAAAAUCAAUGGUAAGGUGCAAGGUAGAACUUAUGUUCAACCUCAAUGGGUUUUUGAUUCAAUUAAUAAAUCAAACUUAUUGCCUGUUAAUACUUAUUUACCUGGUGAAACUUUACCACCUCAUUUAUCACCAUGGGGUGAUGCUGGUGGUUAUAACCCAGAAGAGAAAUUGGAAGAAGUUGAAGAUGAAGAAGAAAGUGAAGAAGAGGAUGAAGAGAUUGAAGAAGGUGAUGAAGAUGUUGAAGAUAUUGAAGAAGAUGAAGAAGAGGAAGAUGAAGAUUUGAAGGCACAAAAAGAAUUGGAAUUAGAAGCUCAAGGUGUUAAAUAUAGUGAUGUUAAACAAGAUUUACAAGAUUCAGAUAAGAAAAAGAGAAAACAAUCAUCAACAAAGACUAAAGAAGAUGAAGAAAAAGAAUUGAAAUUAAUCAUGAUGUCAAAUAAACAACGUAAGUUGUAUAAAAAGAUGAAGUAUUCAAAUGAACAAAAAGAAUCAAGACAAGAAGAAUUACGUCAAAAAAGAAGAAAGAUUGAAAAGGCUAAAUCUAAAUUAGAUAAAUUAAAUGAAAAGAAAUGA